AUGAAUCUGGUAACACCCGACUUCGUUCUCGGCUCAGUCGCAGUGCUCUUCGUCGUCGUUCUUCUCUAUGCAUCUCGCAGCCGACAAUUGUCGAAUCAGCACCACCUCCCGCCAGGUCCUCGCCCGCUGCCCCUGAUCGGCAACGCGCAUCAGAUGCCGUUCGAGUACCCAGAGCAGACAUUCGCUAGAUGGAAGGGCUUAUACGGCGACCUCAUCUUCUUGCGGAUGUUCAGCACUCCGUUGCUGGUCGUGAACUCCGCGAGGGCGGCACGGGACCUCUUGGAGAAGCGCAGCGCGAAGUACUCGGACAGGCCAUACUCAGUCUUAUUCAUCGACCUUAUUGGGUGGGACGCAGAGAUCGGGAUCAUGAACUACGGAGAGAGAUUCAAGAAACACCGCCGGUGGGUCCAGGCCGCCUUCUUCGACAAGGCCGCACUCGCCCAGCUCCUACCCGUGCAGACCCGCGAGGCGCACACGCUCCUCGCCAACCUCCUCCGCGACCCGGAGAACUUCGCGCGGCACCUCCAUCGGUUCUCUGGCGCGUCGAUGCUCGAGACGCUCUACGGCCACAGCGUCACCGACGACGACGACGAGUAUUUGAAGUUGAUCGACAAGGCUAACGACACCAUCACGUCUUCAUCCGCCCCAGGCGCCGCGCUCGUGGACUUUCUCCCGUUCCUGCAAUAUACCCCUGCCUGGCUUCCCGGCGCUGGGUGGAAGCGCAAGGUGUUGGAAGCGAGGGAUGCUCUGAAGGAAGCGUCUACGAGGUGUUAUGCGCUUGCAGAAGCGCAGGCUCACUCUGGAAAACCAUCUAUCAUCGGCUCGAUCAUCAAAGAGUGCUCAGACAAAGGCAUUUUGGCGUCCCAAGAACACGAGAUUAUGCAUCUCGGGUCUGUCACGUACUCCGGUGCGUCUCCCGUUACCAAGAGCGUUUUGCACAGCUUCGUACUUGCGAUGGUCCUGCAUCCGGAGGCUUACACGAAAGCACAGCAAGAGAUGGACACUGUGCUCGGUCGAGACAGGUUGCCAACGCUGGAGCACCGAGAUUCCCUUCCUUACCUCGAGUGUGUACUCAAAGAGACAUAUCGCUGGCUCUGUCCCAUUUUGCUAGGCCUACCUCAUGCAUCCUGCGAAGACGAUGAAUACAAUGGAUAUUUCAUCCCAAAGGGUACUGCGAUCAUCCCCAAUCUCUGGCUAAUGCUACGAGACCCGGAAGUCUACUCUGAGCCAGACCUAUUCCGUCCGGAACGCUUCUGGGCGCUGUCAUCAGAGGAAUGUGAACGCACUGAUCCUAGGAACAUCGUGUUUGGACACGGUCGAAGGAUCUGCCCAGGUCGCCGCUUUGCGGACGCAGGUGUGUGGCUAGCGAUCGCGGGCAUGGUGGCGACGUUCCAUAUCCAGAAGACCCGGGACGCCUCGGGGAAGGAAAUAACGCCGCCUGCUCUGUACGAGUCUGGAUUCACGAGCGCCCCUGCCCCCUUCAAGUGUUCUAUCCAACCGCGGUCGAAACAAGCAGUACUGCGUGAAGGUAAGUUCAACAUGUAG